AUGGACGUCAACGUGAAGACAUUGACAAAUUCCGAGGUGGUAAAGGCAGAUUCAGAGGCAAAGGAAACGGCUUCUUGGGACUCGUGUUUGGGACGCAUUCGCGACAGCAUCCCGCUCAACUACCGCACUGAACUCAUUCAAGUUCUCAAGCUCGCGGGACCGGUGCCUUCUCUGCCACACCUUCAUGCACUCCUGAAAGGACUCUUCCGGAAUCUUGACGUCAUCCACGUCUUCCAAAGCGGUCCCCUUGAUGACCCCUUUGAAUUUAAGAAAGAGGGAGAAAAUCACACAGCGUCAGAUCGGGUCAUUUCCCAGAUGAUGAUCUUCAUGAUCAGUAUCGUCAGCACGGUGUUCUGUGGGCAUCUGGGUAAAACAGAACUUGCAGCUGUAUCAUUAUCAAUUGCCGUGGUUAAUGUGACUGGUCUUUCCAUUGGGACUGGAUUGUCAUUAACUUGUGAUACCCUCAUUUCUCAGACCUUUGGGAGCGGAAACCUGAAGCGUGUGGGGGUGAUCCUCCAGAGGGGGGUUCUGAUUCUACUGCUGGCUUGUUUCCCCUGCUGGGCUGUUCUCAUCAACACUGAACCGCUUCUACUCGUUGCCAAACAGAGCCCAGAGGUGGCCAGUCUGUCGCAACUUUAUGUGAAGAUCGCCAUGCCUUCUCUGCCGGCAGCAUUCAUGUACCAACUGCAAGGGAGAUAUCUUCAAAAUCAGGGAAUUAUUUGGCCACAGGUCAUAACUGGUGUAAUUGGAAACAUCUUAAAUGCAUUAAUCAAUUACAUCUUCCUCCAUCUUCUGCAUUUGGGAGUUGCUGGCUCUGCUGCAGCAAAUUCAAUCUCACAGUACGUGUUGGCUGUGGUCUUAUUUGUUUAUAUUAACUUGAAGGGGUUGCACAAGGCCACAUGGGGAGGCUGGUCACUAGACUGUUUAAAAGAGUGGGGACCCUUUAUCAAGCUGGCCAUCCCGAGCAUGCUCAUGCUUUGUCUGGAGUGGUGGCUGUUUGAAGUGGGAGGAUUCAUUGCUGGUAUAAUUAGUGAAGCUGAGCUGGGAGCCCAGUCCAUUGCAUAUCAGCUGACAGUUGUAGCUUACAUGUUCCCACUUGGAAUUUCUGCUGCUGCUAGUGUUCGAGUAGGGAAUGCUCUUGGUGCAGGAAACUUUGAGCAAGCUAAGAUAUCUAGCAAAGUUUCCAUCAUCUGUGCAUUCAUAGUGGCCUGUUUUGUUGGAACAAGCAUCACCCUUUCCAGGAAUGUAAUCGGCUACAUUUUCACCACAGAAAAAGACAUUUUGGGAAGGGCUGCUGAUGUCUUGAUUAUUUUCGUCUUCAUGCAUCUUUCUGAUGCUGUCGCGGGUGUCAGUGGAGGUGUCAUCCGAGGGGUUGGAAGACCAAAGGUCGGUGCUCUGUGUAACCUGGUGGGACACUACUUCAUUGGCUUUCCCAUUGGUGUGUCCUUAACCUUUGCAGCACAAAUGGGUAUCGUUGGACUUUGGACAGGACUUACCAUCUGUGUGUUAAUGCAGGCCAUUUUCUUCCUGGUAUAUUUGUACAAACUUGAUUGGAAAAAGGCUGCCGAAGAGGCUAAAAUUAGAGCAGGGGUCCAGGUCACUUUUGAAGACAUGAUCAAGAUGGAAGAUUGCAAGUCAGACUCAAAAACCAACCAGGCCCCGGUUCUUGCCACUACACCCAGGCUUGAGAGCGCUGCACAGGACCAAGACAUUCCAGACCAGUAUGAAACUGCGACCACCAUCGUCGGAGAUACUCUCACAUUAACACAGCUGCUCUUACAGCGUGGCUUAGUUUUACUUUCCUUGGUUGUCAUCUUUGUAGCUGGACUCUUUGCCAGUCACUUCCUUGUCAAACUGCUGCAAUGAGUCUUGGGUUGGUUUGUAACUAACCGUCAUCAAGUGAACACUGGAGUAGCCAACAGUGGUGAAAGAGCAAAGUUCCUCAUUAGUUGCUCUAAUAUAAAGUAAUCGCUUAUGUCUUGAGUAAAAUCAUCACGAUGAGACCCACUGUCAUAA